AAAAAAACUCGUUUCCGUCGUACUGUAAACAGUUUGAUAUUUCUGCCGCAUUAAUCUGCGUUUCUCCAGACUUUAUCAUGGAGCUGACGGAAGACCAGCUUGAGGUCGCUGAGAAUGAAGUGAGACGGUUCUUACCUCGAUCUUUAAAGGUUUACGGCUUCAUAGUUCUCAGAAAUCGAGUGCAAUCAGAGCCUGUCACGGUUUUGGUGGACAAAUGGCCAAAGUUCCGCGUUAUUGUCUGCAAACCAAGUUACGAAAAGGAGAGCGAUGUAUUUAAAGAUAUUUUGAUCUUUGCAAGCGAUGCGACCAUUCUUGAAGAAACAAUAAGGAUCCCCAGUGUUAUUGAAUGGAGCAGGUACCUUUGUAUUGGCAGCAGCCGGUCUCAAAUGGAAAUUAUCCGAGCGGUUGCUUUUGAGAAGAAUGUGCCCGGCAACAAACUUUCAGAGUGUCACAUGAUGAUCCUGGAGGAUGAAUCCAGGCUUCCCUCUACAGACUGCUCAGGGUUCUCCUCGGGGUUCUCCCUGAGCUCCCUCAGCGAGUCCCACCUUGACUUGGUAAAUCAGACCUGGAAGUUCGGAAAGCAUCCGGGGACCCUGGGAAUGAUCCGUGACAUGAUUGCCCAUUUCCCUUCGCGCUGCGUGCUGGAUCCCGAGGGGAGGCCGGUGUCCUGGAUCCUGACGUAUGCGUGUUGUGCCAUGGGGAUGCUGUAUACGCUGCCGGAGCACAGAGGGAGGGGCUACGCCAAAGCCCUGAUCGGCAGCAUGGCCAAGACCCUGAAGGCUCAGGGCUACCCCGUGUUCUGCUUUGUGGAGGAGGAGAACGCUGUCUCCUACCAGCUCUUUACAAGCAUGGGAUUCACUGAAGAUCCGUCCCACAGACAAGUCUGGUUUGGAUUCAAUAACUUCUGACAAUUAACUUAAAAUGUUGGUGUAGUAGAAUAAUUAAAAUAAGUCAUUUUCCACUGCCCAAUAAUCAAAUUCCUGUUUUUGCAGAGCAGUGAGUUUGUUCACUUCUUCUCUGCAGAAGCUGUUGAUCCCUGAUUGGCCCUACAAAAAAUAAAAAGGAGAACUUUGUCAAAUGAGUGCAUGAAAAAUAAGAGCUGCACUUUAAUGUACAGUGAACCAAUUCUGGUUGAGCUCUACUAUGUAUUACGACGAGCAGCAAAUUGAGUGAAUUCAGGUUUCUUUUCAACUUAACACAUAGAUUCAAUUAAAGUCGCGAGCGGCGUUGUACGGUCCAAAGGCUGUACCCGCCCUCGCUUCCCGCCUCUACGCGCCACCGCCGCCCUCCUUUGAACAAGGCUAGUCAAAGCUCUAUGUGACAAGAGGAUGUGAAGAAAAGAAAAAAGGAAAAAGGGCGGCUUUUCUGUUGGUUUUAUCUCCAUAGCAACCAUUCUAUUGUUUGGUCGCCUGGGGAUACCGAACAGAUCCACGCAAGUUUCAGCAGAAUCCGCAAAAGUAAACGUUUGGAUUUCCGUAGCAACGGAAGUUUUUAGCUAACCACGCCCACAUUUCUUGUACGUUCAAAUCCAUUGUUAUCUCAAUUUGUUCAGUUCCAGCCAUGUAUGAAAUUUUCCACAUUAUUCCGUUAAAAAAAUGCGCGAGUGAUAACAGAGCUCCACUUUUGCGAGCUCGCAGACAGAGUUCCUAUAUCUAUGAUUCUUUGAUCUAUUUGUAAAUUAAUACAUUAAAAUCUAUUUUGACUUUUGUUUAAAUGUAAAGACAGGUUAUUUAAAAUAACAACUCCUUAACAGUUUGAAUUACAAACACAGUUUAGGGAAAGAAAAAGUUACGACCCGUCACUUUUGGGUUAUUUCUGCUUUUAUUCCGUUAUUAAAAGAACAUAAUAAAAUAAACAUGGUUUGUCAUAAAAAGAUACAAACGUCUUCCACUAGAAAAGAAAAGUUUUUCACAGUCGAGGACUUUAACAUCUUAAAGACCCAAACCUGAUCAUCUCUUUUCAGAGCGUUCCCAGUGGUCUUUUAAUCGCGAUUGUGCCACUUUUACCUAAAAACUAAAAACCUGUGUCGUUUUCUAGGACAUAGUUUCUGCAGCAACAGCAGGAGUUCAUCAGAAAAUCCCCUCCGAGUUGUGGGCGGGACCGGUGGCGAAGAGCAACUCUAGCCCCCUUUCUCGUACUCUGUACUGAGAGCCUUAUGUUUACGCGCUCUCCCACUAGCUUACAGCCCCUCACACCCCCAACCUAACAUUACCUAUCCAGACGAACAGUUUAGAUACAGAUCCCCGCUCAGACGAGGAAAACAAAGACGUUCGUGGAUCUAGUCGUUUACAAGCGGAUGCAUCGGAAUGGAGCAGAGCAGGAAGCUUUGGGGCCAACAAGAAUAUUUCCUACGUCACAAAUGAGCUCUUUAUUAUUUUUUACUCAGAAAUUCAAAUGUGUCUUAAUUUUACUAAUAUAUAUCUUUCAUUAUCAACAAAAAAAAAAUACCAUAAGAAAAUGCUAACAUGUGAUUCCUGAAGAAGAAUCAUUUGAUUGUGAUUAAAUGUACUGCUUUAAAUGUUUUAUUUUUUGCAGCACCUCUGCAGAUGGAAAGACUGAUUUUUUUCUUUAUAAAUAAAGCCAAAUGUGUAGAUUUUUUACACACAAAAAUCUAUGAAAUAAAGAACUUGAUUGCAUUAAAAAUGAAA